AGGUCACUAUCGCGAGACUACAGUUGCUAACGGCGUGCGUAGCAACCGCCGUUGUCUGGCUCGUGCGCUCCACCUACAGCACGCGAGACUUGCACGAAUUCGACCAAUCGGCUUCCACCUCGUGACCUCUCCACCAAUGAGAACCAGCGCGUGGGGGCGGGGGGGGGGGUUAGUGGAGGCGUGUCCUCGCGGCGCCGUGUUCCGUGUGGAAAGUUUACCGGCUCGGGUGCAAAGUUUCAAACCGUCUGCAAACCGGAGCUCAUCCGCGAACGUCGGUGAGGAACCUCGGCUUUAACUCGGAACCGUCUCCCCCCUCUUCUUUGGAUUUUAAUCCCUCCGGUCCGGUCCCGUCGUCGUCGCCACUUCUGAAGCCGAGUGAUGCUGCCGUCCGCCGGAUGAGAGCCGCGAGAGAAGCCGCCGUUAGCCGUUAUUGUCUCGCUUAGCUUCCCCCGUGAGCCGUUAGCUCGGAGCUGCUAAGCUCGAGCCGGAGAAACGACGUUUCAAACCCGAAACUCGACGCCGAGGAACCGGGAUCAUGGCUUGCGAGCCGAACCGCGUCCGGCUGCUGUGCAUGCUCUCGUUGACGUUCGGGUUCUUCAUCGUGGAGGUGGUGGUGAGCCGCAUGACCGCGUCCCUGUCGAUGCUGUCGGACUCCUUUCACAUGCUGUCGGACGUCAUCGCGCUGGUGGUCGCGCUGGUCGCGGUGCGAUUCGCCGAGAAGACCCACGCCACCAACAAGAACACGUUCGGCUGGAUCCGGGCGGAGGUGAUGGGGGCUCUGGUCAACGCCGUCUUCCUCACGGCGCUGUGCUUCACCAUCGUGCUGGAGGCGGUGGAGCGCUUCACGGAGCCGCAUGAGAUCGAGAGCCCCGUGGUGGUGGCCGGGGUCGGCGCGGCGGGGCUCCUGGUCAACCUGCUCGGACUGUGCUUGUUCCACGGGCACGCCGGCGGAGGCCACGGGCACUCCCACGGAGGAGGAGGUGGUGGAGGUGGUGGUCACUCUCAUGGGAAAAAGGACAAGAGGGGAAAGUCCCAGAAGGCUGGGAAUGGAUCAUCAGGAGAGGAGACCAACAACUUGGUGGGGAACCACAACAGCCCGAGAAAUGAAAUCAGCUGUAAAGGCGACACGGGAGGAGUGCAGAUGAACGGCAACACCCACUACGAGGAGAUGGACCAUGACCACGACAGCGACUCGCAGCUCAACAUGCGCGGGGUCUUUUUGCACGUGCUGGGCGACGCCCUGGGCUCCGUCAUCGUGGUGGUCAAUGCCAUCAUAUUUACCUUCGUGUGGAAGCCCUGCGUGGCCGGCGAGAUGUGCGUGAACCCGUGCGUCAACAGCCACAGCACAGACCACCAGCACGUCAACCACACGCUGGUCGACCUGCUGGACGACCCCACCAUGGCGACCAAGUUCGCCGGCCCCUGCUGGGUUCUUUACCUGGACCCCACGCUGUGCAUCAUCAUGGUGUGCAUCCUGCUGUAUACGACCUACCCGCUGCUCAAAGAGUCGGCCCUCAUCCUGCUGCAGACUGUGCCCAAGCAGAUCAACAUACACCGACUCAACGAGCGGCUGCUGAGCCUGGACGGCGUCCUGGCCAUCCACGAGCUGCACAUCUGGCAGCUGGCCGGCAGCCGCAUCAUCGCCACGGCGCACAUCAAGUGCCACGACCCCACGUCCUACAUGGAGGUGGCCAAGCGCAUCAAGGACUUCUUCCACAACGAAGGCAUCCACGCCACCACCAUCCAGCCCGAGUUCGUCACGUUCAACUCGGAGUCUCGAGACUCCCUCUGCGAGCUCUCCUGUCGGACUCAGUGCGCCCCCAAGCUGUGUUGCGGCUCCGCGGACAAACCUGGCUCUGAUAAGAAGACCAACAGCGACUGUAGGGCCGCCUCCGCCGCCACCGGUGACUCAGGGCUGGAGGUGAUUAUUGAGACCCCCGAGCGAGAUGCGGCCGUUCAGGUGCGCCCUCAGUCGGGGGUGUCUGAGGUCAUCAUCACUAGAGAGGUGGAGUCGUCUCUGUGAGAUGGAGAGGACGGAGAGAAACAGAGGAGUCAUGGACAAGGAAAUAAUUUUCCAUAGCCUUUUAUUCUCUGUCCUUGUUGUGGCUGAAUCCUCUGUGUUCAUGCAUUUGAGCCGUUCCUUUCCAUCUCUUCUCUCUCUCUCUGUAUACCUCUUUCCAUUCCCCGUCAUAUUCCAUCCCAAGCCUCUCCUCCUCUACCACUCACCCUCCCUCCCUCCCUCCCUCCCUCCCUCCUGUUGCCCUGGCAGUAUGGUGGCGAUGCAUGUUGGGGGGUUCACUGACCUUCUCUCCUCCAGGACUGGAGCGAGGCCUGCAUGAGUGUCCCCUCAUUAGCACCGUGUCGUGAUGCGUCAUCUCGUCUCCCUCCUCCUCCUCCUCCCUCCAUGGUGUGUCUGUGCCAAAGCUUCUCACUGCAGGACCGAAGGGAUCUGAGAGACGUCCUCUUCUCCACACAAACACACAAAAACACACAUGCAAGUCGGAGCACACAUCACUAGGUUAUCCUGUUUUAGCCUAUGGACCUGUUGGCGAAGAGUCUACGGUUUUUUGUUUUGUUUUGUUGUUGUUUUUUUUGCGUAGGCUUUGAGCAGAUCUAUUUUCUUACCCUCUGGCCCCAAAUGGAAGAGUAUUGUAUUGCAUACUAAUUUAAAGUAUUUAAGUUAUUAGAAAUUAUCUAUUUCUCUCUGUAGAUGCUGUUUGUAAUUAGUUUGGAUGAUAGAAACUUUUUUUUUUUUUUUGCAAUUUCUCUGUCUUGGAUUUCUUUUGGACAGAAUCAUCUAUGCUGUAGUCAGUUUUCCUUUUUCAAGAUGCGAUGUUUUAUAAUGAUUCAAGACUUUUUUUUUUUUUGUUUUUCCUCUUGGCCUUGACUCAGUUUUUAAUUGCAGUCAUACGUUUGGAUACAAAAGCUGUUUCAACACCUCUCUCUCUCUCUAUCUCACCUUGCCUUUUUAAAACACAAACAAACUGCUGUGGUAUAUUAGCACUAGUCGACAAAAGUGUAACCGAAACUUCUCGCGGCGGGCUCGGUCAACUAAUUAAAAAAAAAAACAUUCAUUCACAAAUUCGAUGCCUUGCGAGCCAGAGGGUUGGUUCUGUCGUGAAGCACUGUUUGCCAGUAUGAAUACUGAAACACUAUUCCCUGUUGGAAUCUAUGACGAUGGCUGUUUUUUAUUGGUUGAAAAUCCUCAUGAAUGUGUUUGGUACCAUGUCACAAUCCAUGCUGACGGAGUUUUUAUAUUUCCAGGAAGCUCUACUAUGUUUGCAUGACCAAACCGAGACCUGGUGUUUAACUUUUUUUUCUUUUUUUUUUUAGGAGCUCCACCGGGAGCUUCAGUUGCUGCUUACCAGCUCUCGCCUGGUAUCCCCUGACAUUACUCAUAACUGUGUAGGGAAUGACUCAUGUGAUAGCUUUUCUGUUCUCUGCUCUGGGCGGCUGAGCAGGCUGGGUUUUUUUUUUUCUGAAAUCGAAGUCCAUAUGGUGGCCUUUAAAACACUCACUCAUCACCACAGAUAUCUUUUAAAGGUAACAAUCCAUAGAUGCGUUUUCAGAUUUCCACUCCUGAUUUAAAUGUGUAUGCAAUAUAGAACUAUGUGCUGGGAAAUGUAUUUUGACGCGUUCCUUCAUUUGUAAUGUUCGGUCACUUUUAUUCUGUGUCUUUUAAGACUUGAGCUCUAUGUGCAAAUUGAAAAAAACAAGUGUUUUUGUUAAUUUUAGAUAUGACAUGUCAACUGAUGUGUUUUUGAUAUACUAUAUAUCUACAGUACCUGUCCAAUGUGUCAUUGUGAAAUAAAAGAAAAAUAUGGCUGUUUGGUACAGUUGAUGAGCCCAAAUGUGUCUUUUGCCUUUUAUUCUU